AUGUCGCCGAAAACUCUCAAGGCCUUCCUAGCCACUGCGCGGGCCGCCCUAGCCGCUCCGCCAUCCAAGCAUCCGGUUCCCCUUCACUUCGUCGUGGGCAACGAGUCAGCCGAUCUCGACUCUCUGUGCUCGACGCUCCUCCUGGCCUACUUCCGGAGCUACCCGCACGGCAGCGGCGGCGACGGUGGUCCGCUGCACAUCCCGCUGUGCCACCUGCCGCGUGAGGAUCUCGCGCUGCGCCCGGAGUUCGGGGCGGUGCUCGAGCGCGCCGCCGUCACGCCCGACGACGUGCUGACGCUGAGCGAGCUGCCCGGCUCGGGCGGAGCGGCCGCCGCCUCCGCGCCGCUGCGCCCCGAAGACACGAACUGGCUGCUCGUGGACCACAACGUCAUGACGGGGCCGCUGGGGCGCGCGUACGGCGGCCGCGUCGCGGGCUGCGUCGACCACCACGAGGACGAGGGCGCGGUCCCGUCGCGCGCGGUCCCGCGCGUGAUCGAGCGCUGCGGCAGCUGCAUGAGCCUGGUCGUUGAUCAGUGCGCCGGCGCGUGGGCGCGGAUGUCGUCGGCGGAGGAGGACGGCGACGGGAGUGCUACUGCCGCCGCCACUGCCGCCGCCACCACCGGCGGUGGGGGGGGCGGAAGUGCCGCGGUUGACGCCCAGCUCGCGUACCUGGCGCUGGCGCCCAUUCUCGUCGACACGGCGAACCUGGGCAACGCCGACAAGACGACGGCGCGCGACGAGAGCGCCGUGGCGAUCGCCGAGGCCAAGCUUCGCAGCCGCGGCGUCGCGUACGACCGCCGCGAGUUCUUCGACCACGUGUCGGCCCUUAAGGAGGACAUCUCGCGCCUCUCGCUGCGCGACGUCCUGCGCAAGGACUACAAGGAAUGGGUCGAAGAAGCCGCGGCCGCCGCGGCCGCCGCCGAGGCGGGCGCGAGGCCCGAGGUUGCACCUCUCAAGCUCGGCACCUCGUCCGUCCCGCAGCCCUUUGCCGGCCUCGUGCGGAAGGCGGCGGCGGCGGAGGAGGAGGAGGAAGAGGAGGAGGAGGAGGCCGAGGCCCGGUUGGUCGCCGAGCUCGAGGCGUGGGCUGCGGAAAAGGGGCUCGACGUGCUAGCCGUGCUGACGGCCAGCCGGGCCGGGGGCGAGGGCGGCGCCUUCGUGAGGGAGCUCCUCGUUUGGGCGCGGACGGGUCCCGAGGUCGUGCGGGCCAUGCGGGCGUUCGCCACGGCCUGCGGCGCCGAGCUGGGCCUGGGUACUUGGGGGGGCGGUAAGCUAGACGUGUCAGGGGAUGGAGAUGGGGGUAGCAGCUGGAGGAGGUGCUGGACGCAAGCCCGGGUCGAAAAUAGUCGUAAACAGAUCGCGCCGAUGCUCAGGGAGGCGCUGAGGGGAGCGUUAAAAGAGCGGACGGAAACGAUGUGA